UAUACUGGUCUUUCGGAGAAAGAUGUUAGUUAGAGGAUAGACAGUACUGGGGUGAGUAGAUGAUGGUAGUUAAAAUGAUGGCUACCACUGUUUUACCAAAAUUUCAUACCUACAAGUAUAAAAUUUCCCAUCUAAAUUCGGUGAUGAACGUGUAUGACUUUCAAUUACGUGAUCACUUCAUCAAUGCCAAUAAUUUGUAUGUAAUGCAGUGUAAUUGUGCGAAUCAUAAGCACGCUAAACAAAGAUGCAGUAUAACCGAACAGCGUAUGUGCGGUUUCGAAACGCGAGGAAUUUAUCAGACUUCCACCAUUUCAUGCACAAUACCGUACUACAAAGUGCUCAUACCACAUGCACUAUACAAUUUAUUGGAGAAAGAGGGAUAUGACUUGAGUCUGGUAUGUGUGAAACGUGAUCCCUCAAUAAAAACUACAUGUAUGUUUGUCUGUAUGGUGGAAAAACAUGGCGACCCUGAGCACAAUUCCCUGACUAUUUGCGACUCGAUGGCCAAGGGUCUUAAUCAAGAUCAGGAUGGUGACAAGAAUGCCAUUUAUCUACUGCCGAAACGUUGUGAUUCAUACAAUACCACUUCUUCAUAUUCCUACAUAUUAGCAAAACUUGAAUUGGCAACAGCUUUUCGCAAGAUGAUUUCACUUAUUGGUACUCCACGUUAUUCCAUUUCCGAAACGAAUCUCAUGGUGAUUGAGAGAAAUCGCAACAAAUUGAUGGACCUCAUUUUUACUCAGCGCACAAUUCAUCAUGGACCAGCAUUUAUGAUUGAUGCAGGUUGUGGAUAUUUACGUAAUGAAUACGAAGAAUUUCUCGAACGAUUAAUGAGCUACAACAAGAACCCAAAUCACACAUAUAUUACAGCUGAUGAUUUGAUUUUAAAGACAAAUCGGCUACCGAGUAUUGUAACGUCAGGCGCCAAAGGACGGCACGAGCAUUUGAAUUUGCUAUUAAAUAAAAUUUCCGAUAAUAAUACUACACUAUCUGAUUGCGAAGCCGAUAUGAUCGAACUGGUUAAUCGUUAUAUAAAAAGUAGUCAGGAUUUGAGUCAUAAUGGCCGAAAUCAAUUCGCAUCGCUCUACGCAGCCACUGAUCUCAUCAUCAUGAAUGGCAAAAUCUUUCUCAAUAAAGUAUUCAUUUGUGAUUAUUCACCAUUCGCUAGUUGUGGAACAUUUAUGUGGUCCGAUGCAUCACUAACUCUCUUCACAGAGGACCUUUUACGGCUUUGAAACGACGAAAAAAUUUAUUCAACCUAUUAUAUUAAUUACUUUUGCCUUUAACUUGUAUUGAUUGGAGUGUGGACAAGGAACCAACAUAUUUCCGUUAUUGUGCGGAAAAAUUAAGCAGGUAUAGUUGAGAGAAAAAUCAAGAUUUUGUUAAAAAUAAAUUGCUCAAGAUAAAAUGGAAAACAGCCAACAGUACAAGGCAUUCGUGGUGGGCAAUUAAAAAAAAUGCUGAAUUGUUAAGGCAUUGUACACUACAAGUGUUCCUUUACUUUUUACAAGUAGGCCUUUUAAACACGUACAUGCGGCUAUUAUAUAUAGGCAUGUCAAUUUGUCUCGUGAAUUCAAAGGGGCAAAAUAUUUAUAUUUUUUGGACAUGUUUGUUGUAUGGUGAACACUGAACACCCUUGGAGGAUGUAUCAUAACAUUAUGUAGCAGAGUAUGAUACAUAAAUAUACACUGACCUUGUUUGAUGUGUUUGUUUGCAAUAUGAUGUUUAUGGUGUAGUAAUAUAUGGUAACAACAAAGGGACACUCUAUGUACCAAUGAUAUUCUGAGGAACACACCAAUUCGAAUAUACACAACACUUGCACAUUCAAGAUUUCUAAUGAGAUUAAACCGUAUUACUUUAUUUGAAACUUGUUUAUGAGGGUAGAAUCACGAUGUUCCUGAGCACUCGUUAAUUGUCAAAUAUGGAAUUUCAUUGAAACAUAAGUGAACACGCACUUUAGUGGUCGAUUUUUAUCAACAGAUGAAGGAUAUGCAAGGAGCCCCACACAGGUUAUUAACGCAUUAAAACGUUCAACACUUAUCACUUAUCGGUGACAAUCUCAAAAUCAACUCCCUCCAACUGACUUGAGUGACCCCCUCAUAGUAGCCAACCGAACAGGCCUCACAUAAAACAAAUA